UUUGAGUUCCUGUCUUUGAUUUUCCCAGCUCCAACAUGAACCUCGAGUGUCGUAACCAUCAAGCUUCAUUGACAAUUGCUCGCCAUCUUUGCAACUUGACGCGAGAUGGCGAAGCCGCGAUAGCGUCCGGGCUGCGCAAGUUGGUUGGUUUGUCAUACCACGCCAAGGUACUGUCCCCAAGUAGGUACCUAACUUUGCAAGCUUAGUUACCUUACCUUUACGAACCAGCAUUUCCUUCUUCCACUUUCUGCAUAUCUCCAACCUAUCAGUAAUUUCCCCUAAUUAACGUAGCAACAUUGCGAGGGACGACGGGCUAAGAAUAUGCAAACCCCUCCUUUAUUCGCCGCAGCAACGCCAUGUGGAGGAGUCGUUUCUCUGCGCUGAGUAAUCUCUUGCUGCAUUUGGCCUUCGUCAAGUACCCAAAGUGCAUAGGUAGCGGGGUGCGUACCUAGGCUAGACCGUUUAAACAGCAUCAUAUAAGGGAGUCUUGGGAGCGUUCCAAUCGGCUGUUGUCUAAAAUCCGGUGAUGGUUUUGUUACCAUCGAACCGUCUCGGCGCCUAUCGAGCAAUAUUUCAUCAGCCAAAGAUCAAUCAUUUACUUACUUCCACUUCCGUCCUUUUUCACAACAUAAACGACCAUGCGUGCCAUCCAGGUGAAAUCAUGGGCCGAGGGUCCGCAAGAAUUGACGUUUGACAAGCCGCCCACGCCGUCACCAUCCCAGAUCCAGCUUCGCAUGCAGGCGGCUGGCCUUCACCAAGUCGUGCGUUCGAGGGCGUCGGGCAAACACUACUCAGCCCAGAUGCUGCCGCACACCCUCGGAAUCGACGGUGUGGGUCUUGACGAGGCCACAGGUACGAGCUACUACAUCAUGGGGAUGGCGCCCGACUUUGGAACGUUCGCCGAGUAUGUCAACGUCGGGAAGAAGGCAGCCGUGGCCGUGCCCGAAGGUGUCGACCCGGCCGCCCUUGCAGCGAGCGUCAACCCUGGCUUGAGCUCGUGGUUGGCCCUGACCACCCGCUGCACCGAUCUGCCACCCAACUUCACGGUGCUGAUCCUCGGCGCCACCACCGCCAGCGGCGAACUGGCGGCGUCUCUGUCGAGGAAGCUUGGUGCCAGUAGCGUCAUCGGGGUAGCGCGCAACGUGGAGGCGCUGAAGAAGAUCAACGGCCUGGAUCGCUGGAUAGAGCUCAAGCCGGGCGCGGAAACCGACUACUCUGGGUUGGAAAAGGUGGACGUGGUGCUGGACUACGUCUACGGCGACGCGGCUGUCCACCUGCUCUCAAGUCUGCCUCAAGGUAGACCGGUGCAGUACGUUCAAAUUGGUAGCAUGUCUGGUCAAGACGCCAUCGCACUGCCCUCGGCUGUACUUAGGUCCAAGAACCUAACGUUGCGUGGCUCGGGUCCGGGCGCAUGGUCAAUUGCCGAGCUUGGACAGCAGAUGCCAAAGCUUAUCGAGGCGCUAGCUAGUUUGACCCUCAAGCAACCUCAGAAAUUCCCGCUGGAACAAUUCGCAAAGGUCUGGCCCGAUACUGAGCUUGCAAAGAAGGGCAGAGUAGUCUUUACCUUGUAAAUUGGCCGGCUCUGACGAUGUGGGGUUCAAACUACCGACUUGGCUAUGGAACAAAGGAAGAGAACAAAAUCCUGGUAGAAUAUAUAGCUUGUGUUAGAGCCUAAUCGAGUAAGAAAUCAAUAGAAAAUCCCAAACAUGAACGUAUGCC